UGAUACCAAUUCCGAUGAUUCUGAUUCCGACGAUAACGGUGAACCUCUUCAAGAACUCAAGCAAGAUUAUGUUUAUCAUAUAACUGGAAAAUUUGCGCUGGUGGAAAACGACAUCAUAGACAUCAUAAUAACAACGAGCAAACGUUUAAAAUUAGACGCGGAUGCCAUUUCGGUCGGUCAACCAAUCAUACAUUUACUUGGUAGAACUAUGCAGCUUCCUAGUAUUAACGAAACAGGAUAUACACUUCCCAUUCAAGUUAAACCGUAUCUGAGCAGUGCACAACGCGGACCUUUUGACAUAACUCAGCCGUACUGUGAAAUUUUAGAAUUUUACUUCAUCAACACAAAGAUCGAAAAUAAUUCUACAACUUCGGUUCCGUGGAGAAUCGAAAAGCAGGAUAAUAAUACUAACAAACCGAAGGCGACAAAUUCCAUACGAAAAAAGAUUGCCGCUUUAAAAUCGUCUUCAACAAAAGGUUCUCGAUCACAGACAUCUCCCGCCAGGACAAGAAAACCAGCAGUUUCCCCCAAAAACAACAAAAAUCAAUGUGCUAAAACGCUGCUUGCAACAAAAAAUCCAUCUUGUACAGUUGAUAAUAUCGACGUUGUGAGUGAAGAGCCGGAAGAAUACAAAGAUAAAAAAGCGACGGAAUGCACAAUCGAUACCGAUUCUUGUGAUGACAACAAUCGUCGUGACAACGAUGAAAUCCAAGAAAUUGCUUCUUCCAACUCGGAAAAUGAAGUAUUAAACAAGAAUAAAACUAACAAACGUACUACAAGAAGGGUCAAUAAUAGAGCAAGCGUCAAUAAACGAAGAAAAGUUGAAGUUUUUCCACGUCUUACAUUUUAUUAUUAA